UGGAGAAGUUGGCACAGUCCAAAUGUAACUAGGACUAUUAAUGCUUCUGUCACCCCAACUGUACCUCAACAAUACUCCAUUAAUGCCUCCGCCAUCUUCAAAUUUUAUUCAGAACUUUAUUUUAACCAAAACCCAAAACCGUAGCUUUAUUUUUCUCACCCUCAUUGCACUUCUAGUGAGGAGGAAAAUUACAAUGCCGACUCUGCUCUUGUAGUUUCCGCUCUCAAGUUUCUGCUGCAUUUGGGUAGGAAAAAAGGAAAUCUUGACUGCUGGGUCUGAAAAUCGGAGUGAUCAAGGUGCUAUUUAUUUUGGAAGAAAGAGAUUACAAAUUUGAAGCAAAAGUGUGCAUUGGGUUGUUGUUGAAAUCUUGAUUUGUUGAUAAAUUUUUCAGCAUCAAUUGGAGGUGCAAUUGGGAUUAAACAACUUUUAUAGAGAAAUUUCAUUUUUCUUUGUAAUUGUUGUUGGUAGUGAUUUACUUCAAUAGUGAAGAUGGUGGGGAGCAUUGAGGCUGCGAAUGGAAGUUUGCACUCAAAUGGGUCUGUUCAGAAUUUCAAUGGUUUGGAAGAGAAGCUUGAUGAGCUGCGGCGCAUUGUAGGCAAGGCUGAUGGUGAUCCAUUGAGAAUUGUUGGUGUUGGGGCAGGUGCUUGGGGUAGUGUUUUUGCAGCUGUUUUGCAAGAUAGCUAUGGUCAGUUUCGAGACAAGAUUCAAAUAAGGAUAUGGAGAAGAGCAGGAAGGGCUGUGGAUAGAGUCACCGCUGAACAUCUUUUUGAAGUGAUCAAUUCAAGGGAGGAUGUGUUGAGGAGGCUGAUCAGGCGCUGCGCGUAUUUGAAAUAUGUGGAGGCAAGGCUAGGGGACCGGACACUUUAUGCAGAUGAGAUUUUGAAAGAUGGGUUUUGUUUGAACAUGAUUGAUACACCACUUUGUCAUUUGAAGGUGGUGACCAAUUUGCAGGAGGCUGUCUGGGAUGCCGAUAUCGUGGUAAACGGCUUGCCUUCAACUGAAACAAAAGUGGUGUUUGAAGAGAUUAGUAAUUAUUGGAAGGAAAGAAUCACAGAUCCCAUUAUCAUCUCUUUGGCCAAAGGUAUUGAGGCUGCACUCAAGCCUCUUCCACAUAUUAUAACUCCCACGCAGAUUAUUUACCGCGCAACUGGAAUCCCUCUGGAGAACAUACUUUAUCUGGGUGGACCAAAUAUUGCCUCGGAGAUUUACAACAAGGAAUAUGCAAAUGCUCGAAUUUGUGGAGCUGAGAAGUGGAGAAAACCUCUGGCCAAGUUUUUAAGGCAACCCCAUUUUAUUGUCUGGGACAAUAGCGACCUUGUUACGCAUGAAGUCAUGGGUGGUUUAAAGAAUGUAUAUGCCAUUGGAGCAGGGAUGGUAGCAGCCCUCACAAAGGAGAGUGCUACCAGCAAGUCUGUAUACUUUGCGCAUUGUACGUCGGAGAUGAUAUUUAUUACUCAUUUGCUGGCUGAAGAGCCUGAGAAGCUUGCAGGGCCUUUGCUGGCUGACACAUAUGUUACCUUACUGAAAGGAAGAAAUGCGUGGUAUGGGCAAAUGUUAGCCAAAGGUGAAAUCAACCGGGAUAUGGGUGAGAACAUCAGUGGAAAAGGAAUGAUUCAGGGUGUCUCUGCAGUCCAAGCAUUUUAUGAACUUCUCAGUCAAUCGAGCCUGAAUGUGUUGCAUCCUGAAGAAAACAAGCCUGUUGCUCCAGUAGAGCUCUGCCCCAUCUUGAAGACACUAUAUAAAAUAUUGAUAACAAGGGAGCAAUCGUCACAAGCUAUUCUUCAAGCAUUGAGGGAUGAGAAUUUAAAUGAUCCAAGGGAACGCAUUGAGAUUGCGCAGAGCCAUGUCUUCUAUAGGCCUUCACUUCUGGGGCAGCCUCUGAAUAAUUUGAAAGUGCAAGAGAAAGUGGUAACAUAACUCUGGAAGCAUCAAGUAAUGGCAUUCUUGGACUGCAUUGGCGAAAAUUAAAUAAGCACGCUGCUCUUGAAGUUUAUGUUUAAUAUAACAAUAUAUACAUGAAUUGGAUAUUUUUAGCUUAUGCUUCAUAUGAUAGGUAUAAUCUGUAUAUAUGAGUUAAUGUAAUGUAAGUUCUGCUGAAACAAGGUUUCCCUGAGUUUGUCAAUUGCAAAGUUUUACUGAUAUUCAAGUACUCAAGCA